UUAUUUUACUGUGAUGAAAGGUUAAUGUGAGUUAGUGCUAGGUGUACUGAUUAUGAUGAUAAAAAAAGCAAUUUUUCUAUUAUACCUAUUGCAUAAAAAUAAUGAAAAUAUUGUUUAAUUAAUUAUUAUUAUAUCAUAUAAAUAUUCAUAGAUAAAUUAUUUUUAAUUUAAUUAAAUUUCUUCAAUAAAAUAAUUCAAAAUGUCAACAAACAAUUCUAUGUCCGAUGAAAAUACAACAAUUUCACGAUCACCACAAAAACGCAAAGAAAUUCUGAGGAAAAUAAUAACUAGAGCUCAAUCUUUACAAGAAUCAAUUAAUGAUGAAACUAUAAAAACUCUGGAAUUAUGCAUGGAAGAAACAGACAAUAUAAAUUCUGAAACAAGUAUAGAAGAAAAGGUGCAUAAUCAAGAAGAAGUAUUAAUGGAUUCAGAAAUGAUGCACAUAUCUUCUAAUGUUUUAAAACAUUGUACAAGAUCCUUAACAAAAGUUGUAUGCUCAUAUAAUUAUAUAGAAUUUGCUAAAAAAAUAGUACAAUAUGUAAAACAACUUCCAGAUGUUGAACCAGAAACACCAGAUUGGUCACUUCUGGAAUCACGAGUUAUAAAAUGCUUUAAAAGAACACCUCAAUAUAGUACAUUGCUAGGUACUUUAACACCAUUAGAAAAAAAGGAAAUUAAUAAAAAAAAGCCUGCAGUAAAAGAAGCUCAAGCACAGAUUAAAAGACCAGAUAAUGUUGUAACAAUUGAAAAGGAAGAAGAAGGACCAGAAGAAACUGUAAAAAUGAAAGAGUUUAUCUCUAAAUAUUAUAAAAUUUAUCGCAAACCGCUUGAUUUUUUCAAAUUAAUUUUACAUCCUAAUGAUUUUGGAAAAACAAUUCAAAAUAUUUUACAAAUAUCUUUUCUUGUUAGAGAUGGAAAGAUAAAAAUAACAAAAGGUACAAUGUUAGUUUUUGCAAUUAUUAAAACCUAUAUAUACUUCUAUUUAUUAAAUAUUAUUUUCUUGAUAGAUGCAUCUGGAAUACUAGUUGUUCAACCUUGUACUAAAGACAUGACAGCUCAAAUGAAGACAGGAAAUAUCGAAAAUAUUCAAAAUGUAAUGUAUUUAAAUAUGGAACAGUGGAAGGUAAUGUUGCUAUUUCAAAUUAGUUUUUUAAAUUAUGUAUUUUUUUCUUUUUAAAAUUCAUUUUAUAUUUUAGAUCCUGAAAAAUAUUUAUCAAUUGGAAAAUCCAUUAAUUGAAUCUGAAAUAAAAUAAUUUUCUUCUAUAUAAAAUAAUUUCUAUUUUCUUUCUAUCUUAAAUGAAAAAUACCUUGUAAAAACAAAAAAUAUUUGGCCUUUUUUCUCUAUAUUUUUGUAAAAUUUUUAUUAAUUUCUAACAUAUACUAUAAUAUUAAAGUAUAUGUUAUAAAUAAUAACAAUAUCAAUUUGAAAACAUCUGGAACAAAAUUACACAAUUUAUACAAAAUUUAUGAUUAAUUAUGUUCAUGAUGUUUUCGAAAAAUUUAUGUACUUUUUGUGAAAUUUCGAACGGAAAACAAUCUUCUAAUCCACGUACAUUGUUUAAAAAUCCCUAUAUUUUUGGAUAAAGACCAAUAUUUAUAGAAAAAAAGAAACAGGUAUUAUUAGAAGAUCGUUUUAAUUACUUUUUAAUGACAUGAUUAAUGACUGUGAAUUAAUUUAUUGUUUUGCCAACGAUUCUGCUUUCGCUACUACUUCUUCAAUUGGACCGACCAUAUAGAAUGCAACUUCCGGCAAAUGAUCAUAAUCUCCAGCAAGAA